UAAUUUAUUAAUUUGUUUUGAUUACACCAGGGAACACUUGCAACUAACACAAUGACCAGGAUAAAUGAAAACGGCAACGUUGUUGGCACUAUCAUUGUCAACUGCGAAGGCUUCCCGGAGACUACGACAUUGGACAGUUUGACAGCGGCCACUUACUCGACGCAUAUGAGGAAUUUAUCGCACCAUGCAUCCAACGCUCUGAAGGAAAUUGAUGUAACAGAUGAAUUACUGGUCCUGCGGUUGGUGACUAGGAAAUCAGAGGCUGUGGUCGCUCCCGACCACGAGUUCCAUUUGAUAGUAGUCAUGCGACGAACGUGAACAUUAAAUUAUGGCUUGGAUUGCUUGCAUACGAUAAGAUACUUCGAGGACUGAUUAAUUUUUACAUAGAUUUUUAGUUGUAUGGAACACGUUUGUGAAAUGCUUAAUAAUGUUUUGUAAUAAAUUAAACUGUUUAGAGAUUGUUUAAUUUAAUUGUUGUUUUUUUUUUAAUGAACUGUUGUAUUUCCCUUAUAUACAUAAUCAUAU